UCAAAAUGGCUGUCUGAUUCAGUACUGAAUUUAUGUUUGCCGGGAUUGGACCCUUCUCGCAGUUCAUCACUGUUCAGCAUUGGGCGGGGGAAUGGAUGAUGUUUUUAUUGAAAGCAGUGAAUUAUGCUGCUCCCAGACGAUCUGGUUUUCGAUAUUGUGAGAUAGCCGUCGAUGAAAUCUCCAACAUGGCUGGUGGGUUCUUUUUUUCUUUCUUUUGCUUUUUCUCCUUUUGUUAACUUGGCCACGUUCAACGAACACCGAACCACCUUUGGGGCUUAUAUAGUAAGAAGGGAUACCCUUAUACAUCAACGGAUGCGAUCCAUCCAGGAUGAAGCAACACUUAUGCAAAAACUCAACUCUGACAACCACCAACCACGAGCACGGGAAAACAGAUUGUCUUGGUGUUUCAGCAUAUUCUUCCCGCGCCACCCCCAGGGAGAUACGCGGGUGGCGGCGGCUCUGGGGGCGCUGCGGGCGUAUAAACGGGCGGCGGCGUUCCGGAACGAUGGACAAUAUCCAACCGGGGGCUUUCGGCAUCGCCAUCACUCCCGCUUCCCUCAUCGACGACGUCGGUCCGGACGCUCUCUGAGUCGGCGCUACUCACGCUCCAGCGCCGCUCAUCAUAUGUAUCUCGAAGUCGCCCAUCCCUCCACGCCAGCGCGCAAGGGCAACAGGAGCACGCGGCCAAGAUGCUGAACACGAACAAGGGUAGGGCGCUGACACAGCAGACGAGGAACCAGGCGACCCACAUGGCGUAGCGCCACGGCCGCCAUGGUCGGUAGUUCCUCUCGGCGCAUCGCUGGUCGUACUUGUCUAGCUGGACGUAAGCCCCUAAAAGCCCGAAGAAGACCGAGGGGAUGCCGAUCAGGAUGGCCGGGGCAAGGAUGAGUUCCCUUUUCUCCAU